AUGGCAAAUGCAGAAAGAUCAUCUCUUAUUGAUCCAAGAAGUGGUUUCUGCAAAUCAAACUCAACAUUCUACACUAAACGCAACCCAAUUAGCCUCCCCUCGAGUCCAUCACUCGACAGUGUCUCCACCGUGAAGUCGGAUUACGUAAAGGCCACGUCAUCCUCAUUCUACAUCCCCAUCGUCUGCCUCGCCGUCAUGUCUCUCGGCGCCGUCGUCACCACCGCCAACACUCUCUACACCGCCGGUGAGAUAUCAAAGCAAAUCGCCGACAGCAAACCAAAACUCGUUUUCACGACAGUUCACCUCGCACACAAACUCCCGGACGGCAUCUUCAUCGUCCUCACCGAGGAGAACGAGGAGGAGACGACACGUGGAGUCAUCGGUGUUGUGUCUGAGAUGAUGAAGAAGGAACCGAGUGGGGAGCGAGUCAGAGACAGAGUCAACCAGGAGGAUACUGCUGUGAUGCUUUACUCCUCAGGGACAACAGGAGCAAGCAAAGGAGUGAUCUCCUCUCACAAAAACUUGACGACACACGUGGCGAGAAUGCUCGCUGAAAGCUCCUUGCAAGAACAGGUUUUCAUCUGCACGGUUCCAAUGUUCCACACGUUCGGGUUGUUAACGUUCGCUAUGGCCACCGUGGCUCUUGGCUCCACGGUGGUGAUCCUCGGGAGGUUCGAGCUCAACGAAAUGUUGGCCGCGGUGGAGAAGUACAGAGCCACGACUCUGAUUCUUGCGCCGCCCGUUUUGGUUGUUAUGACAAACGAAGCGGAUGUGAUCAAGGCGAAGUAUGAUCUGAGGUCUCUUGAUAAAGUGACGUGUGGUGGAGCGCCGUUGAGCAAGGAGGUGACGGAAGGGUUUUUGAAGAAGUAUCCGACGGUUCGUGUGCUUCAGGCUUAUGCGUUGACGGAAUCUAACGGUGGAGGGGCUUUUAUGGAUGUGGUGGAUAGUGGGAGGUAUGGUACGGCGGGGAAGUUGACGUGUGAUGUGGAGGCGAGGAUCGUGGAUCCGGAUACGGGUCGGUUUUUGGGAACUAAUCAAACGGGCGAACUGUGGCUCAAGGGGCCGUCUAUUUCAAAAGGCUAUUUCAAAAACCAAGAAGCUACAAGUGAAACUUUCAAUCGAGAAGGAUGGCUAAAAACUGGAGAUCUUUGCUAUAUCGAUGACGAUGGGUUUCUUUAUAUCGUGGAUCGACUGAAAGAACUAAUCAAAUACAAAGGCUAUCAGGUGGCUCCGGCUGAACUAGAAGCUCUCCUGAUCACUCAUCCAGACAUUCUUGAUGCCGCAGUUAUUCCGACAAUACCAAUGGCGUACGUGACACGAAAGCCUGAGAGCAAUCUCUCUGAGAAACAAGUUAUUGACUUCAUCUCUAAACAGGUGGCACCUUAUAAGAAGAUAAGAAAGGUCGCAUUCAUAAACUCCAUACCAAAGACUCCAUCCGGCAAAAUACUUCGCAAAGAUCUAAUCAAGCUAUCUAUUUCUAAGCUUUGA